GUAGAGGAGCGGAGCCAGCGGCUGUCCUCCCUCACCCUGCCUCCUCCUGCCUCCUCCUGCCUCCUCCUGCCCUGCUCGCCUGUCACAGGACAACUACCUUUCAUACGGAGUAGCAUUUGAGCUUCAGCGGACAGACAGCAGUCCCGUCCUCGCUGCCGGGGGUUGAUACGGCUGGUCAGACGGCGGUCCAGCGUCCGUUACUCACAGUGAGAUGCCAAGAAAGUCGCGCUUCACCGACAGAGCUCGUCGUGGCUUUUGCACUGAUUUUUGAGAAGCCUCCCUGUGGUACUCCUGUUCAUUCACGUUAGCCGGCUGCCGAGGUGUGAGAAGUCAGUGUCAUGACUGGAGCUGAGACUGAGGAUGAUAUUCCAUUAGGAGAAAGGAAGACUGUCACAGAUUUCUGCUAUCUCCUGGACAAGUCCAAGCAACUCUUCAAUGGGCUACGAGACCUUCCUCAGUACGGACACAAGCAGUGGCAGUCCUACUUUGGACGUACUUUCGAUGUCUACACUAAGCUGUGGAAAUUUCAGCAGCAGCACAGGCAGGUUCUGGACAGCCGGUAUGGUUUGAAGAGAUGGCAGAUUGGGGAGGUUGCAUCCAAAAUUGGACAGCUUUACUACCACUACUACCUUCGUACCUCAGAAACAAGCUACCUGAAUGAGGCCUUUUCGUUCUACUCAGCCAUCCGUCAGCGCUCCUACUACUUUCAGGUCAACAAAGAGGACAGGCCUGAAUUAGUAGUGAAGAAGCUUCGAUAUUAUGCUCGCUACAUAGUUGUCUGUUUACUGCUGAACAAGAUGGACCUUGUCAAAGUUUUGGUGAAGGAAUUAUCUGAGGAAAUUGAAGACUACACACAGAGAUUCAACACAGAGGACCAACUGGAAUGGAAUCUGGUUCUGCAGGAGGUGGCGGCUUUCGUAGAGGCGGAUCCGGUGGUGGUUCUGAAUGACAACAACUCUGUCGUCGUCACCAGCAAUCGGCUGCAGGAGGGAAGUGUGCCUCCACUGGAACAAGGCAUGGUGGUUGGGCAGCUCGUCCUUGCAGAUGCACUAAUCAUCGGCAACUGUAACAACCAGGUGAAGUUCAGCGAGUUAACCAUCGAUAUGUUCCGCAUGCUGCAAGCUUUAGAAAGGGAACCUGUAAACCUGGCCACACAGACCUCAAAACAAGGCACACUGGAACCCAAUGAGAAGCCAGCUAAAAGAGAAAACCCUCACAAGUAUUUGCUGUACAAGCCAACGUUCAGCCAGCUUUUUACUUUCUUGUCAGCUUCUUUUAAGGAAUUGCCUGCCAACAGUGUUCUGCUUGUCUACCUGUCAGCUACUGGAGUUUUCCCUACUGGGCAUUCAGAUUAUGAAGGACCGUAUGAUUUUGGAGGAGUUCUCACAAAUACAAAUCGAGAUGUGGUGAACGGAGAGACGGUGCAGAAGAGGAAUCAGGCCCAGAAAGAAAUGCACUGCCUUCAUCCAGGAGACUUAUUCCCUUUCACCCGGAAGCCACUUUUUGUCAUUGUGGAUUCUUCAAACAGCACAGCCUACAAGAAUUUCACAAAUCUGUUUGGCCAGCCUCUGGUGUGCCUACUAUCACCUACAGUAUAUCCCAAGAGUGUACAAGAUCAGUCUCAGCGUGGGAGUCUCUUCACUCUGUUCCUCUACAGCCCGCUCCUGGCUUUCUCCUCGGUGUGCGGCUUAAGCAGCGUGCGACGAGGACUGUGGGAGAGGGCUCAAGAAUUUCUUCGUAAAGUCUACCGUGACAUUGGGCAGAUGAUAACUCGAUCACGGACCAUAGACCAAGCCUUUUUACAAUUCUUCGGUGACGAGUUCCUCCGGCUGCUGCUCAUCCGCUUCGUGUUCUGCUCCGCUGCAUUGAGGCUGCAUAAACUGUUCCGGGAGUCCCGGAGCUUCCCGGAAUCCUACCCCGAGCUCCCCAAACAGGACACGGUGGAAAGCAGCCUUCUACAGAAGCAUAUUUUGGAGCUGGCGACCAUGCUGGACGUGCAGAGCCUAUUUUGGGACGAUUCACUGGAAGCCUACUAACAUCCUCACACAGGGCAAAAUGGCAUACGUGUACAUACAGACUCAACUGCCAGAGCCCUCACAGCUGUCUUUCUGUGUUUUUUACAGGUAAUGAAAUAACUGAUUCAGCACAUUUAAGUUUGUGUCCUGCAUUUAAUUGUUACUUGUGGAAGCAAAUGUUAGUGCAACAUUAAAAUGUUCACAUAGAUAAAGCCAGAGAGUUUAACACAGUGUAAAAUCCCCAUUUUGAGUUUCAGUUCGUAAAUAUAAGCAUCAUUUAAGAAGAGUAAACCAACAAGUGAGAGGUUGCAAAUCACUUUUCAACUCACCGUUCACCCAUCCAGAUGUAAGGUUAAAAAGUGCAGCCUCUAACUUUAUUCCUCAUGUCAGAUAAUUGUAAAGAAGUAGGCAGUCUUGGUUUUUUAAAUAAUAUUUAUCAUUGUUUGUUAGAGUAAAGGUUGUGUACGCCUAAAGGGUAGAGAUUGGAAAAAUCCUGGGCACCUUCCAGGUGUGACUUUAUCUAUCUGUAUGAAGGCAAAGCAGGGUGGUGCUGAGAGUGAACACAGUGCUAAACAAAGCCAUUAAAGCUGCAAUAGCUAAUUUAAAAAAAAAAUUACUUUUUGUCAUAUUUUUUCAAAACUCACUUCCUCUGGCUCCUCCUAGUGCUCCUAAUGGCAUUUGCAAGAAUUCACCAGGCCUGAAUGAAAACAACCAAUCAGAGCCAAGGAAGAUCGAAAGAUGCAUUGGGCUGAUGGUGAGUCUCAUUCUCAACAUCAAUAUUUGACAACCUGGGAAUGAGACUUAACAAUCAACUAUCUUUCUUAGCUCUGAUUGGUUGAUUUCAUUCAGGCCCGGUGGAUUCUUGUAAAUCCCAUUAGGAGCACUAGGAGGAGCCAGCGGAACCUGAUUGUUUCACAGAGUAUCUGUCUCAUGUACAUCUGUCAGGAUAUAGUGAAAGUUUCAGCAAAUAUGACAGUCAUUUUAAUAAAAGUUAUCUACUGCAGCUUUAAUAACAAGUAUAAUGUUAGCACAUGAUUCGCACACUAGGUUGGAAUUUUAAAGAUUUCACCAAAAAUAUUAUUAGUGGUCUGGAUUAUUGUAUUUGCCAAACAGUGCUUGCUGUAUAACAGCUUAACGUGUAGCACGCUGAGGUGCAUGAGGUCAUGUUCUGUUGUGUAUUGUAGGCCCUCAUUGGUUGUAAAGACAUUACACAUAUCACAUAUCAUUAACCAGCAAUCCAACUAAUACCUUUAAUCGUCCAUUGUUUCGGCCUUGUGCGUUUUGAAAGUGAUAGCUGUUCCUUUUCCACAUCACUGUGCUGAAUUUGCAUGCAAAAAAAGGCAAAGAAAUGUAUCCAUUUUGUUCUUUUAUCCAGAAAGGAUGGCCUCCACCUUUUAGAGGGUCUAAAAAGUCUUGUAGAUUUUAAAAUGGCAUGGGGUUAGGAUGUAAAUGGAACCAGUGCAUGUGUUGCAUGGGCCUGUACAUUUCUAAUUGAGUCAACAAAUGAAGACAAUCUAGUUUGAUAAUGGAGAAGAUGGCUUAGUGAAAGGCUAACAGUAUGUACACCAUUCCGUUUUAAAUGACUAGCCAAAACACCUCAGUUACCUUAAUGAUAACAGGAUAUCAUGUGACGUGCUGGUUGUACAGGUUGAAUGGAACAUCAUUGGCUUGCUUCUUUAUAAACUACACAUAAUGUGUAGUUUCAUGAACUGCAGCCAUGUUACUUUCCCAACAUGUCGGUUUCAUGGAAUUUGACUUUUCUGCCUUUGAUCCACUGUUUCAAGCUUACUGAUGCUGCCCAAAACUCCCAAUGUAGUGAAAAGAGAGACAGCCUGAUUGGAGCUGAGGAGGAAUGAACAAGCAGCAUCAAACAUGGCUGACUUUAACUGUUGAGAAAAAUGUACCCUUUCUGAGUCCCGCCCCUUUUCACUUUGUUCUCCAAUAACAGUAGAGCAAGCCUCAGACAGACGCUCAGUCAACUCUAAAGACGGUUGAAAGAUAAAAGCUACAUCGUAUAGUCACAUUUUAAGUUGGCUAUUGUAUGCAAAACACCCGCUAACUAGCUAGCUAAUCUACAUCAGUCAUUAGCUAGCUAGUUAGCUGGCUAUUUGGCUAGCGAUUUGAUACAGAACAAAACGCUUGUUAACUAGCUAGCCAAUCAACAUAAAUUCUUAGCUAGAUGGUUACAUCUCAUAGCUAAUGUUAACAAAAGGCUAGCAGACUAACAAUUAAUCUAGAUUAGAUAAUUAGCAAGCGUUUUGUUAACAUUAAGCAACACAUGAUGCUUUUAUCUUUUAACCAUCUUCAAAAUGAGUUUCUCUUUUCAACAUAGAUUAGCCUAGCACAUAGCAUAUCUAAGUAUAGGCAAGGAAGUUGACCGAGGUUCCAAAAGGGACUUAGGAAGGGUCAGUUGGCAUUGCUUUCAGUCGGUGGUUAAAGACACUUCUCGUGAUGCCCUGGGUUCUAAUAUGGCCCAGGACCUUUAUCGUCAUUCAUCCCUCACUCUCUUCCUUCCAUUUCUGUCUCCAAUUUCAAUUUCCCAGAGUGCCCAAAAAAUAAGGUAUUUAGCAUUGAAUCAAAGUAUAAGAUCACAGAAAAUUUGAUCUGACAUUUUAAAAUACACAAAUUCUGUCCUAAAGUAGCAUUUCAGUAGUCUGUUGUCAAACUGGUGCCAGAUGUACCUGUUUAAUAAAGAAUAGGUUCUAUUGUAACUGUAAUGUUUGUCCCACUCGCAGAGGGGCUCAACAAUAGCAGUGUCUGUCAGCAGGUCUCCGUCCAACACUUCAACCUGAAGGUGGAUAUUUAAAGUAAUACAGUAACUGAAUUUCCUAAACAUGUUGAUACACGUCUAAACAUUUGGUUACGAAGUAUCUUCAAAACUACUCACCAAAUUUCAAAACUUUGGCUGUCCAAGCUCCCCAGAUGAAGAAUAAUUUGAUUGACCCUUUGACCUUUAGUGCCAUUCUUAGUCCAGAAUGUUAGUUUGCACACAAGAUGUCUCGUAUCAAAUAACCACACUGCCACGAAAUCUCCUCUAAUGUAAAGGAUAAGGCUGUUGUUUUUUCAUUUGUAUCAUUUAAAGACCAAAGACCAAAAUCAACAAUGGGUUAGUCCGUCCCUCAACACAUCCCCCCUACACUGCCUGUCAAUCAAGCCCAUUGGUUCCUACUGAAUACGCUAUUUUUUAAAGAUUAUAUAGUUUCAUUUUCAUCCUGAAACGGCUGCAACUCUAAUAACAAUUAGUUACACAUGUCCCUAGGGUAAUCAUAAAAUGUCUCACUGGUGGUAAAACAGAAGUUCUACCACCACCAAACAUAAUUUUUCUCAACUAAUUGCAGCCAUUUUGCGACACAUUGAUAGAGACCUAAUUUAUUGAUAUGAUAUUUCAGUGUCGAUUUAGCUUUGCAACAAAUCUUAGUAGCUGAUUUGGUUAGCAUGUUAGCUGGUGCAACCUAGUGCUGGUCACUAUCAUUUUUAAAGCUGCAGUAGGUAAUCUUAAUAAUUUCUUUUGUCAUAUUUACUGAAACUUUCACUACAUCCUGACAGUAGUACACGAGACAGAUAAUCAAAAAAUCUGGUUCCUCUGGCUCAUCUAGAGCUCUUAAGUAAUAGCUCCUAAUUUGCAAGAAUCCACUGUGAGUCUUAUUCACAGGGUAUCAAAUACAGAUGCUUUUAGACCAUGGAAAUGAGACUUAACAAUCAACUGUCUCUAUCUGUGAAAGAAAGUCCUAGUGCUCCUAAUGGCAUUUGCGAGAAUUCACUGGGCCCGAAUGAAAACAACCAUUCAGAGCUGAGGAAGAUUAAAAGAUGCUUUGGGUUCAUUGUGAGUCUUAUUCCCAACAUCAAUAUUUAACAACCUUGGAAUGGAACUUACAAUCAACUAUCUUUCUUAGCUCUGAGUAAUUGUUUUAAUUCGGGCCCGGUGGAUUCUUGCAAAUGCCAUUAGGAGCGCUAGGAGGAGCCAGAGGAACCUGAUUGUUUCACAGAUUAUCUGUCUCAUGUACAUCUGUCAGGAUAUAGUGAAAGUUUCAGCUAAUACUUUACUUUAUAAAAGUUACCUACUGCAGCUUUAACAGACUUUACUCAAACAGGAAAAAAUGCAUUUGUCAGGAACUGUUUUCAGUGGCGGAUUAAUCCACAUCUGGUGCUCUAGUGAGUAUUUGGGGCAGCAGGACGGUGUAUAAAUAAACUACAGUAUGUGUGUUCAUGCUAGUAAAGGAACAGUCAGCCAGUGCGACAGUGUGGCUCACUGAUGUGUUAUAAUGGACAACAAUGGAGCUCUAUGGGACAGACUUUGGUACACACACAGUACUUGUUAGUAGAUACAUUCAGUGUUGGUUUGGGACUUUUCAUAGGUUUUGUAAAUAAUUAUAAAAAUAUAUAAUAUCACCAGCCUUAUCCUUUAAAGAACUAUUUUAAUUAUUUACAUUUUUAGCCCUACUUGUGCUAAGCUAAAUUUUCAGUUUGUAAUAUCUUUUUGUCCAGCACUACAUGGACUACUAGCCAUGCUUCAGGCCUUUAAACUUUGGUUUGGACAGUUUCAUAUGUUUUGAAUUAUGCUCCGCAUAUCAACAUACCCCAAAAUGAGAAAAGCUGAAGGCGGGUACAAAAAGACAGAAUUUUGUUGCCAUAGGUGAUUUUAUAUCCGGCACCAGCAGGGGGAGUGAUUGCACAGGCCAUUGUAGUGACGCUGAUAGCGAAACCAGCUGACAGUUAACUGCCCUCGACCAAAACGUUCAAAUAACGCUAAUAUCAAUACAGGAAGUAGCCAAAGCCGGCUGGUUGGAAUUUCAGAUUUUUGAACUGACAAAAAUGUUAAGAAGAACACUGUUUUUAGUGUUUGUUAUAUUUAUUGACAUUGAGUAUGUGUACAGAUAAUGUAAAGUGAUGUUUUGGCACAGAUGUGUUUGUUCAGUACUUAGUAAGUCUAUCAAAUGUGUAAUGAAAUAAUGAAGCUGAAAUUAAGGAGGAGCUUAUGAGGCCGGCUUGUUUCUUCACCAUUUUUCUAAAGAUGUUACAUUCCAACUUUUCCAAGGACUUGAAGAGAGGCAGAUGAAAACUACCGCUGCUUUCUCCAUUUUACAUUUGUCUGGGAAAGUGAGCCGUUUAUACAUUUUCUUCUAUUUUCAUUGUAAUAUCAACCUCCACGUUCCCUUGUGUUGACAGUUACGAUGAUUAAGAUAUUGUAGGCUUGCACUUUAUGAAGUUUGAUAUUGUUAUGAUCUUGUUUGUUGUGCUUUAGGGGGGGAAAAAAGAGACAAAUCCUUCCAUGUGAUUGUUUUUCAUGCCAGCCCUUCACACUGGUGACCUUCUUUUUUACAAAGAGUAAAAGUUGUGAGUCCGUGAUUUCAGACAUUUUCCUAUAGGGACUUUUCAUCUGCUGUCACUUUUUUAACAGCUUCUGCCUGAAACGUGUCAAACAUGUUGGCUGGUUUCUGCAAUAACACGCCAGAAACCGAGUUUUAUAGCCAGUGGUGCUCUAAAACGAUGCUCUCGGUUGGGGUCGCAAUGCCAAUCAUGAUUAUUUACUUUGCAAAGAAAUAUCAACAAUAACAACCAAAAAAAAGAUUUUACAUGUUUGGACAUCAAACAGGACAGAAGAAGCAGUGAAGAAAUGUAUUCAUUUAAAUUGUCAAAUAUUGCAUGUUGACAAGUUUAUACGUUAAAAACUUGUGUUUAUAUGUUUAUAACAUGUUAUUGUAUGGUGUGUUCCCUGAACUCAAAAUCCAUGAAAAUACUGUGACCUAAUGGCACAAAAUACGCAUUAUUUAAUGGAAAAUAACCCCAAACAGUGAAGUGACACUGUACUAUGAUCAUAACUAUAAAAUGAAACAAAUAAACAAGAUAACUUUUAGCUUCUGUUAAGACCGUUUGCUGUCGUGAUGUCUUCUGUGCUUUACAUUUAAAUCGGGACCAUGAACACAACCAGUUAGUUUAUUAUGUAGCACCAGUGGGCUCAUUAGCACAGAAAAAAACUAUGAAUAUGAAUUUGCUUGCACUCCUUUAUAGGAUUAUGCAUUGUGUGUGUAAGUAUUUAGUUUUUUAUUUCAUGUUUUCAAUCUCACAGAAGCUACAUGCAGCAUGGUGCAAUAGCGUACAUUGAUUCUGUAAGAUGAAAGUGGCAUUUCCUGCUCCACAUCAUGUGAAUCAGAGGACAUUGUUAGCCUCCGAUGUCCUGGAAGCUGAUUCUUUUUAUCACAAGAUCUUAGUGCUCUUAUGGUCUAAAAAAUGUGACUUGUAUGAACAAGAUAUUAAUUUGUGCAAAGUUAUUAAGAAGCUAUUAAUGUCAACGUGUUACAUCUUUUGCAAGCAAGAUAUCAAGUUGUGUAAACAAGAUACUAACUUUUGCUAACCACAAACAAGAUAUAAAUGUCAUACUAACUUGUUCCAACAAGCAAUUACUCGUGUAAACCAGAUAACUUGUAUGUGGGAACAAGAUAUUAACUUGCUGUUAGCAUAUUAACAAGAUAGUACAUGCAAACAGGAUAUUGAUUUGUGGGAACUAGAUAUUACCAUGAUAUUAACUUGUGUAAGCAAGAUUUGAACUUGUGGGAACUAGAUAUUAACAAGAUAUAACUUGUGCCAGAAAGAUAUUAACUAGUGCAAACAAGAUAACUUGCCCACACAAAGUAAUUGCUGCACACACUUUCUUUUUGAUGGUGUAGUCUAUCAGAGCUUAUAACUGGUGUUUGAUUUAUAACAUCAUUAUUAAGCCUAAUGCAUGGUGGACACUGAGACAAAGGCAGGAUAAAAUCCAAUUCUUUACACACUGCUGAAUGUGGGUAAAGCUAGCUCGAGUGAUUCAUGUGUCUGAGCUGAUAUUGGAUAAAACCUUCGCACUGCUUUUUCUUUUUUGGAGAAGUUGGGCUAUUAAAAUAACUACUUUUGCAUUCCUGGAUCCAUACUUGGUUGUUUUGUCUAUUUCUUAUUCCCAUGCAUAACUUUUCAAACUUAAACAUCAAUGAUGUGACCACUGUCAAGUUGUUUCUAGCAUCUACUACUGUGAAGGUUCCUGACUGAAAAUGUCUCAGCUGCACAAAACAUAAUCAGUAAACAUUGGGAUUUUGUUUCCAUCCUACAGAAUCAAUGGUUUAUUUUCUAAAGCUGCCACUAUGCACUUUUGUCCAACAUUCAUACUGAGAAAAUGCAUAGAUAAAGAGAGAAACCAACACUAACUUUCUAGUGAAGCUAAAUAGCAACAGGGAGAGUUUGGAGGCCGGUCGUAGGAGUGUGAUCUGGUAAGACAAAAUCAGCGUCCGACCUGCAUAACCAGUGUUAGAAUCCACCAGAGCACAAGAUAUUCACUUUUGACAUGACAAGCACAAAAGCCACUGUUCCAUUUAAUGGACCCACAUCCAUGGAGAAGCAUGUCUACGCCUCUUGGGAACACGUCGCAAAUAACUGCCGACUGAUCAGUUCUGUUUUCCCCCCAGAUGUGCAGGGGUCAUUUCUACCUUUUUAUACUUGUACACAUGUCCAAAAGAUGGGUGCAGCCUUCCUUAAUAGCAACAUGUGUGACUUUGCUUGUUGUGAUUUUCAGUCAGUGUCAAACUGUCAAAAUGUAUUUUCCAAAAUUUCAGUUAAAAAAAAAAGCACAGAUGAUUAACUCUGUAAGCAGCAUGUUUGUUUAGAAUAGAAAGUGCCAAAGACUGGUGUACUCUCACUUUCCCAAGAUUGAGAUCAGUUAUUGUAUCAGAUGUUUUUUUCUGUGUUGCCAGAUUGAGCCAAUAAAGAAAAAGAAAACUUGGCUUCGUAAAA